CACUCGCCUUUUCUGUUGUGUUUGUAUUCUUAACCACCACCUCUACCACUUCUAUUCCUUAACCAUCCGUAUUUCUUGCUUGUUGCUCUUGUUCUUUUCGCUUAUCACAUAUUUUCUGGACCCUUCUUGAUCAAUAUACAUGCCCGGCCUCCCCGACCGACGUCAUUCGCGGUCGGUCAGGUUCCUUCGACUGACUCCCUUCCCGGCCCUCGAGUUCACGAAAACAUCGGUAUAUACCCCACCCAUCCUUACCGAUCUCCCACUCGAGCUCCUUCACCUCGUCGCGAAGAGCCUCGAUACGCGUUCCUUGAGAUCAUGGAACCUCGCGUCGCGUCGGUUGUAUGCGGCGGGGACGGAGGUGUUGCACUCGCGUCUGGUGGUGGAUUGGAAGACAAUGUUUGAGGGUGGGAGGAGUUAUGAGGUGUUGAGGCAGAUCGUGGAGGAUGCGAGGGUUGGGCAGGGGGUGAGGAUACUCAGGUUUAUGGGUGCGGAGACCGAGUUUGGGUUUCAGAGAACUUCGAGCGCGGAGAAUCAUUUGCUUGUUGCGGCUGCGGUGUUGAAUAUGCCGAUGUUGCAGACGGUGCUAUGGCAGGGGACGAACGUUGAUAUCACGACGCUGUUUGACAUCCUUCGUGAGAGGUGUCCGAGGUUAAGGGACGUCAUUUUUGACCUCAAGGGACGUGAUCCGGAGAAGCUGGUUGGGAUGAACCGACUUUCGAACUUGCGCACAUUCAAGUUGAGUGGUUGCGACGAGUCCGGCAGCGCACAGUUCAACGAGAGCGUGCUUGAAGUCAUCAACGCUUCUCCGGGCCUUCAGCACUUGUCUGUUUUUCACUCCUCCAGCGUCGCUAUUGACGUUAUUGCUGACCUCGUCGACCAUUCCUUCGAGGAACUUCAGACUCUCACGCUACACAACAUGCUCUUCAGCGUUCGCGCCCUGGCCAAAUUACUCGCCCACCCGCACAACAUCCGAAGUCUGAGGUUCUCUACACUUCACGAACGUCCCGAGGCGGAGGCCAUGACGGAGUGGCUCUUUCACACCAACGAACGCUCGCCUUUCUCCUCCCUCGAGUCGCUCUCGUGCUGUGUUCAAUUUGCCGAUGAAGCGAGUGCGCUGAAACAGUACACAUCCAUCAUGUCUCUCUCACAGACGUUGCCGCUCCGCCAGUUGAGUUUGCAGGCGUUCUCGCAACACGCACAGCCGACAUGGGAAGAUAUCGCCUGGCGCAUCACCCCCUCCUCCCCCCUCCGCAACUCCCUUCGCCGCCUCCACGUCGGCCUCAAAACCGUCAACUCCUCCGUCAUUGACUCCAUCCGCGCCAUCUUCCCGCACCUAACCCACCUCUCCACCGACGCUGACUGCCACGUCGACCAACGCCAAAAAUUCGUUCUCUCACUCUCCAAGUUCAAGUUGCUGCGGUGGUUGAACAUUCGGACGACGUGUAUGACGCUUUGCUGGUGGAGUUCGGAACAUUGUUUGGAUCGGGUGACGGCGGCGAGGCCGUGGUUGGAGGGGAUGGGGGAGAGGUGUGUGGGGUUGGAGGGUGUUUGUACGUUGGGGAGGAGUUGGGUGUUUGUUAGGGGUGCGGGAAUGAGGGGAGGUGUUGCGGUUGUGGAGGGUGGGGAUGAGGUGCAGGAGCAGUUUGCGUGGAUUUAG